AUGCUGCGGCAGCGACUCGCCGCGAGUCUGCUCCGCGCCGAGCAAACGACCACCACUACCAGCAGCCGCUCGUGCCUACGCAACCGCCACGCCCAGCAAAAACGAUGGAACACGCCCGCGCCCAAGGCCGGCGACGGCCCUCUGAUGGCUCGUCGCGCCGAUCGCGAACUGCCCGACAUUUCCCAAGUCGGGUUCCGCUGGGGCCGCACGCUGCCGCUCUUUGCCGUGCUCGUCGCCGCCUCGUCGUUUGCCAUUUUCAACUACCAGAAAUCCUCGUCACCCGUCAUAUCGUCGACGCUGUACGCGCUGCGCACGUCUCCCCGCGCGCGCGCCGUCCUCGGCGACGAGAUUUAUUUCAAGCACCAGAUUCCGUGGAUCGGCGGCGAGAUGAACCAGAUGCAGGGCCGCAUCGACAUUACCUUUUCGGUCCGCGGCUCCAAGGGCACCGCCCUCAUGCGCUUCACGAGCCGUCGCCCGACGAGCCGCAGCCUCUUUGAGACGUCCGAGUGGAGCCUGCGCACAGAGGACGGGACUUGGAUCGACCUGCUCGAGGACGGCGAUCCCUUCAAGAGCCUGCUGGCUGAUGAUGCGCUGCCGCCGCUCGACGAGGAGCCGGUUCAGAGGGGCUUUAGGCAGCAGGGUGCGCUGAACAAGUGA